AUGGGGCAGCUCGGAUUCACUCAGUGGCGCCGCAAUGACUGGAUCAGCGGAAGAACCCUGCAGCUGUCGGCCGAGACGGCUCGAGGCAGGUCCCGCCACGAUGCCUCCUUCCGCCAACUUCGAAAGCUGAUACCAAAGUCGGUUAGAGAUGACCAGCAGAAGUAUUGGUACGAAAGGGCGACUUCUAUGGAGCAGGCUUCAAAUGUUGGUAACGCUCGAAAAUUGUACCAAAUCAUCGGCCAAGUUAGUGGUAAGCCCCCGACACUCUGUGAUUCUGUUCGCGAUGUGAAUGGAGUCCCCGACACUCUGUGA